AUGAGUAACUUUUUAUGGCUGAAUAAUCUUGAAGAUUGGAUGGAUGAAGAGCAAGUAAAAUUGCUCUUCAACAAUACGCCCGUUUCCGUUACUUAUUACCAAGAUAGUGAAUCUCGUGCUUUACUUAGAACAUGUAAAGUUGAGUUUUCUUCUCCGGAAGCUGCCGCUGAUGCGCUAACCACUUUAUCCGGUCAAAAGACCAUUUCUGGUAGCCCUAUCUUAUUAGACGUGCUGGCUGAUUGGGAAAAGCCAACAUAUUAUAUGCUUUUUAUCACAAAUAUUGAUCCUGAAGUAGCUGAAAACGAAGUGAAGCAGUUAUUUCAAACAUAUGGCUGUGUUUCUGCUCGAGUCUUACGAUGCAUGGAUUCAUCAUCAACAAGUUUAGCAUUUGUAUGGCUUAAUACUUUAGAAGAAGCAGAAAGGGCGCACGUGGAAAUGCAAGGAGCGUUAUGUAUUAAACGCCCUAUUCUUGUACACUCGAUUCGAUCUGACCAGAAUACUUAUCUUAAUUCCCCUGGUUACUAUGGCUCUCCACAACCUUUGAACCAAUUCACGGACCAAAACAAUACAUCAAUUUUUGUAUCGGGCCUUUCUCCCCAAAUAAACUCUGAAAGUCUUCGAUCCUACUUUGAACAUCUUGGUGAAGUAUUACAUACACAAGUAUAUAGUGGCUUUGCUAAAAUUACUUUUGUACAACGACAUAGUGCAGAACGCGCACUUAACGAGAUGAAUAAUUUCCCAAUCCUCGGUCAGCGAAUUCAGCUUUCCUGGUCCCGGCCGCCCUCUAUGAGUCUUCUUCCUGCUGUUCAAAGUACAUAUUGGCCUGCAUUACACGCACCUGUUUAUCCUUCCUGGGGAAGUAUACCUACGCAUAACUUCUCUCCCUUUACAUAUGUUAAUCGCUACGCAGCAAAGACUUUGAAUCAAACCACUCAUCUACCUUUACUUCCACCAGGUUUAAAAAAUGGAACGGAUUAUCCUUAUCUUCCAAUCCCACCCACUAUAUUAAAUGAAAAGUAUCUCGCAGACAAGGAAGCAGUAGACACCCGACUAGAAGCCGAGUCAUCUCCGUUAAUUCCAGUGCAUUAUUCUUAA